CCGUUAGGCAGCUCUCGCGAACAGGCGACAUCCACACGUCUCCACCCCCACUCUCUCCAAAAUCCACAAAUCCACCUUCCAAAUCCCCCCAUUCCCUCCCAGAUCAAAGUCUUCUCGUCUCCCGCUUCCCCGUCCCCAGCAGAUUCAGCGCCCUCGCAAUUUCGUUUCAUUCAGAAGGAGUCCCAGCCUGAUGUUGCGGAUCCGGUUCCUCAGAUCUGGGAUCGCAGCGUUGCGGCAUAUCCAAAGAAUCCAAGGCAAGAUCCAGCAAUUCCCGGGUAGGAGAUGGUCUCGGAGACCGCGCAUACUUCGGACAAGACAAGCCAGGAGGAGUUACAACAGCAAGUCUGGGGAGUUUCAGCAGUUAUGGUGAGCUCCUUCCCCCCUCCUACCUCAGAUCCCCUAUGUGUGGAUCUCUUUCGCAGGAAGUUUCUAAGUGAAAAGGCUAUGGAGGAACACCAUCAGCGAGAGUUAUGGUUGAGUAGCAUCCAAGAGAGUGAGCUUGAAUUGCCAGCCCAGCGUAUCCAGCCUGCAGAUUUGAUCUCAGAAGUUCCGGCUGCACCCUCUGGUGCUGGGAUUUCAUCGGGGGCAUCAGCACUUCAAUUCCAAGGCAAGCAAAUUUUGUGGCAGGCUUCCCGCUCUCAAGCCUCUGCUCCUUCAUGCCAGCUACGGUCUACUUCCCAUCUCAGGCCCAAUUUAUUGGUUCCUCCCGGCGAGCAAAAGGAGCAGAAUUUCCAGGCCGGGGAGGGAUGCCCGGCUGCUUCACUUCAGUGGCGCGAAGACGUGCAGCAGUCAGCAAGUUUGCCGGCGCCUGGGCUACUCGGGGCUCGAGGGCAUCGUGAGAUAGACAGCAUUGAUGGCUGGGAAGAGGUGAAAGCCAGAUUUUGGUGGAGAAAGGAGAGGAGGCUUUCAAAGCAACAUUUACAACCUCACCAAACUGUGCGCGCGAGCAAGAAUAGUGAUCUCUAUUUUAGGAGGAUGAAGGGUAAGUGCUUCAAUUGUCUCGCUUCUGACCACAGGGUCGGAGUUUGUAGAGAUCCUCCGAAAUGCUGGGUGUGUAGGCGAUCUGGGCAUAUCGCCCCUUCUUGCCCACAAAAAAGAGAGAAGAACCUCAGUUCAGUGGGAAAUGUAGAGAGCUUCAGUCAAGUGAGCACACACCAAUCUCCCAUCACACGUCACCGGAGUGCUGCACCUUCUUCGUAUCUGCAAGUUCUAACGUCAGGUCUGAAGCAACAAGAGGCCCCCCAAGCUCAAGUAAAGAUGUCUUUCCCCGGUGACCCCAAAGCACGCCCACUUCAUGCUUUCAGAGCGGUCUCAGUGUCUGGGGCGAUCCAGGGUGAGAGGGAUCACCUCCUGAGCCGAGCGGUGGUUUGCUGGGUGGCGGGCAGCAGGCCCCGCACGGAGGAGCAUCAUGUCCUUGAUGCUCUGAUGGUUGAACUUGGCUUCCGAGUGGAUGAAUGCCAAAUCGUCAAGCAUUACCCAGAAGAUUUCCUGGUCAUCUUCUCCAACCCGAUGCACAGGGACGCGGUUAUUUCGCUCCACAGGAUUCCUUACGGCGGCCGGGACUUCCGCUUCGAGAAAUGGACAGAGAGGAAGUAUGUUGAAGCAGACAAGAUGGCUUUCCGGGUUUACCUUCGCUUAGAAGGCAUGCCUGUUCAUGCUUGGAGUGAAGACACUGCUGCAAAGGUGAUCGACCGGGCCUGUGCCAUUCAUUUCGUCGAGGAGCACUCGAGGAGGCGGGAACGCACGCGCACUUUUGACCUCUGGGCUUGGUGCUCGGACCCUAAUGAGAUCCCGCGCAUUGUUUGGCUUUCCAUUGCCUCGUCGGAUGCUGAUCCCACUCCGACAUCGGUGCCUCUUCACCAUCUGCAGAUUCAUCGUGAAGAACCUGUGGGUCUCAAGGGGGCUCUGUCCUACAAGAUUCUGGUCCACCUGGUAGUGGUGCAGGAUUUGUUGUUCCUUAACCUGCCACCAGGUGCGCAACCGGACCCAAGCAGGCGUAGGGAGAGAAGGCUGGAAUGGGACUACGGGGUGCCGGACGGUGGACAUGAAGCCCGACAAGAUCCUCCUUUCAACUGCAAUGGAAACAGGUCUCUAAGAAGGGACCCCAGAGAAGAUGAAGACGGUGACCAGGGGCGCCGUGGAGCUAGAAGGCACGGAAGCCAGUCCGUCUGGUCCCGGGUCUCGAACCCCUGCAGAGAGGUCCGGGAUGUGGGCGUGCAGUUCUACAGAGGAGGUAGAGAAGAGAGGGGAAGGCCAUCAAGGAGAUCUUAUGGGCGGAAGGUUUUCCUGGAGAGCCCACCAUCAGACCAAAGCCCGAAAGCAAGAAAACCGAAGGAGGGGUUCUCUCCCUCAUCCCAGCAAAAACAUCCACCAGCUCCAACUCCUGUGCCCACCUGUAACAGAGAAAAAAGGGUCUGCUUUGCUUCUCCAGCGGCGGUUGUGAUAAAAGAUGGCAGCCCCUAAAUGGUUAUGGGAUCGUUCUCCCCGGAAAUCUCACCAGUGUAUAUCCCUCUCCAGGCUUCAAAGGAUUGGGUGUUGAGUUUGAAGGAUCCUCUUUGCCCACAGCAGCCCAUCCCUGAUCACAGCGCCGAACUCUUGUCAGCCAUGACUCCUAAGGCCGAAGUUCUAUAGAUUUUAGCCUGCCACAUGGAUCCCAUGAUGCAUGAGGCGGCUUCUAACCAUAUGUAUGCAGGUGUCCAGAGCCCCAGGGCGCAAAGCGUCGAGUUUACUUCUCAACCGCCCGCGUCUCCGGUGCUCCAGCUGCUCACGAAGGACAACACAGAUAGGGUGGAAGAAGAAAAUCAGCUUCAGAAGGAGAAGGAAUCGACAACAAAAGACUCGGUCAUUACGCCCAGAUCAGACAUAGCUGAGCGCUUCGAGAAGCCCCUUACACAAGAGGUGAUGGCGGCGAUCAAGGCGCUGGUUCAGAAUGAAGGGCAUCAGCAGAGGAAGAGGGCAUCCAAGGUCUCUUCGGUGUUGGGUCCUGGCGCUUCAUCC